CAAACUCUGAAAUCAUAAACCUACACCAGUCCUCCUUUGGCUCCCACAACUAUACGGUGAGCUGGUCCGUGCAGAACAUCUCCUCCAUCUCCAGCUUUAAGGUGUACCACCAGGGGGAGCUCCAGAGCUCCACGCUCCUCACCUGGCACACAGUGACAGGCCUGCUUCCCUGCCAACAGUACAGCUGCAGGGUGGAAGAACUGUGUGGGGACAGCACGGUCAUGAACGUUAGCACCAUCCAGACAAAAACAGGGCCUGGUGAAGUGUUGGAUCUCCGAUUUAGGCAGAAGGACUCGAUAGCCCUGUGGAGCGGCAGGUCUGGGGUGGGCGUGGCCUUCUUGUACCGCCUCUCUGAGAGGGGUGGCCCGAGCGUCCGGAAGGGGAGGCUGGCAGGCCCCCCCCUGCCUCUGCCGGGCCUGAGGCCUGGCUCCCCGUAUGACCUGGAGGUGGUGCCAGAGUGCGAGGGUGGCGAGCGUGGAGCUCCAGCUGUGCUCUACUUCAUCCCAGAGGAAGUCCCUGGCAGUGCCCCCAACGAUGCCCCUGGAGACAUCCUGCUACCCAGAGUUGUUGACUCUGCAGACCAAACAACAGAUCGCCUCGGACUGCAGGUUCAUCUCCCCAGCCAUGAAAUGUUCCUUGUUGUGCCAUGGACAAUGCCGCCAUCGCUGGAGGAUCCGAGGGCAGAAGCUCGAGUCCUGCUGGAGGGCAUUAUUAAAAGCAAGCUGCAGAACUUACUGAGUAAGUUCUGGCCAAAAGCGGAGGUGCAGCUGAUCUCGUUUGAAGACGGUGAGAGGAAAACAAAAACCAAGAUCACUUUUGAAAGCUUUGAUGUUUCCAGCCAGGAUGGGGUAGUGAUCCUCCGCCCUGAGGAGCAGCUGCAGCAUAUUAUCUCUCUCGGCCACGCCCACAUCACCGUCACAGAUGACAGCAUCUACUGGGACGACCCAGAUGAGUGUGACUCCCCUGCCCUGAACAAGUGCAGCUCCAACUCCGUCUGCAUCAACACCCUGGACUCAUUCACCUGCGUGUGUGAGCCGGGGUACUACAGCCUGAGCCCCAUCCUCAGCCCUGCCUGCCACGGUAUACAC